AUGUCUCUCUCUCCUUUCAAUCUCAUCCUCACUCUCCAAUCUUCUAAUCUCAUUAUGUGUCCUGAUCAGAACAAAGUCACUUCUCCCAUCACGACACUCAACCAUCAAUUCAACAUUCAUGAUUUAGGCCCUACUUACUACUUCUUAAACAUUGAAUUCUUACCUCACCCAAAUGGGCUUGUACUUUCACAAUCACAUUAUAUACACUCGUUCUUAAUGCGAAUUAACAUGGAUAAAAGCAAACCAACGGCCACUCCAUGACUUGUCUCCUCUUUAUCCACUAACCAUGCAAGCUCAUUUGACUCAUCAGUAUAUUGGAGUGUCGUCGGGGCACUUCCGUACACAACAAUCACAAGACCUGACAUUGCCUUUUCAGUCCACAAAGCGUGUCAAACAAUGCAUACUCCCUCUACGCAACACUGGGUGAACCUCAAGCAUCUGCUCCGAUAUUUGAAAGGCAGCAUCCUCCACAGCCUUCUAUUCCGGCACAGUCCAUCUCUUUCUCUCGCGGCCUUCAGCAAUGCAGACUGGGUAGGCUCACCAUCAGAUCGUCAGUUCACAAGAGUGUACCUCAUUUUUUUUGGCACUAAUCUCGUUUCAUGGUCCUCCAAGAAACAACCAACGGUUGCACGAUCCAGCACGGCAGCAGAAUAUAGAGCCGUUGCAGACACUAUAGCUGAGCUCCUAUGGAUUCGUUCUCUCCUAGCGGAAUUGCGAAUUCCGUUCACUUCACCAACCACGCUAUGGUGUGACAAUGUUGGUGCCACUUAUCUUACAGCUAAUCCAAUCUUCCAUGCUCGCACAAAGCAUGUGGAGUUUGAUUAUCACUUUGUUCCGGAACAAGUUCUCUCCAAACAUCUCCGAGUCUGCAUCAUCUCCAGCACCGAACAGCACGCAGAUCUACUCACAAAAGCUCUUCCCAAAGCUCGGUUCAAGCUUCUCUUCAACAAGCUCAAUCUCGUUUCGAGACAGAGCUUGCGAGGGGCUAUUGAAGAAGAAGAUCCAAGUGGAUGA